AUGUCCAAGCCAGUGGACCACGUCAAGCGGCCCAUGAACGCUUUCAUGGUGUGGUCGCGGGCGCAGCGGCGCAAGAUGGCCCAGGAAAACCCUAAGAUGCACAACUCGGAGAUCAGCAAGCGCCUGGGCGCUGAGUGGAAGCUGCUCACGGAGUCGGAGAAGCGACCGUUCAUAGACGAGGCGAAGCGGCUGCGUGCCAUGCACAUGAAGGAGCACCCCGACUACAAGUACCGGCCGCGGCGCAAGCCCAAGACGCUGCUGAAGAAGGACAAGUUCGCCUUUCCGGUGCCCUACGGCCUGGGCGGCGUGGCCGACGCUGAGCACCCGGCGCUCAAGGCGGGCGCCGGGUUGCAUGCGGGCGCAGGCAGCGGCCUGGUGCCGGAGUCGCUACUCGCCAACCCCGAGAACCCGGGCAACCCGGGCUAUAUGAUUCCAUGCAACUGCAGCGCGUGGCCCAGCCCCGGGCUGCAGCCGCCGCUCGCUUACAUCCUGCUGCCGGGCAUGGGCAAACCUCAGCUGGACCCCUACCCCGCGGCCUACGCCGCCGCGCUAUGA